AUGGACGCAGCACACGACGACCUAGACGUGGCACUCGAUAUCCUCGGCCAGCAGCCCCUCCUCCAGAUCUAUACUCAGUUCACCCUGGUGUUUGCAGUGCCUGACGAAUCACGCCACGAGCAAAUCGUCCAAGCGUUGAGCGACGGCCUCGGGCGGGCAGCCGCCAGCUUCCCCUGGAUAGCAGGUCAGGUCGUCAACGAGGGAGCCGGCGAAGGAAGCACAGGCGUCUUCAAGAUCAAGAAACUGGCACCGGCGCCCCUUUUGGUCGUCAAGGAUCUCAGACGUGACGAUGAGGUAUCGAGCAUGAAGGAUUUCGCUGAUGCGGGCUUCCCAAUGAAAAUGCUGGACGAAAAGCUGCUCGCCUACCGCAUGACCCUCCCAGGCAACAUCGACGGCCCGAGAGAGGUGCUUUCCGUCCAGGCGGAUUUCAUCAGGGGUGGCUUGCUCCUUACAUUCACCGCCGCGCACAACACGGUAGACGCUGUGGGCCAGGCCGAGAUGAUGGUGCUCAUAUCCAAGGCCUGCCGGGGUGAUAACUUUACGGCCGACGAGCUGAAGAUAGGAAACAUGCGCCGAGACAACCUGGUGCCCCUGCUCGACGAGUCGUACAAGCCAGGCCCCGAACUGGCGGAUCAAGUACUUGGCCUAGGGGGUGCGCCUCCUCCCCCUCCUGCUGCCCCUGGCCCUGGUCCGGCCCCGGUCUGCAGCUGGGUGUACUUCGACUUCACCGCGGAAUCGCUGGCCGAGAUCAAGACCAUGGCCUCGGGGACAAUACCUGCCGGCUCUCCCGUGCGUUUCGUGUCCACAGAUGACGCCCUCUCCGCGUUCGUGUGGAAGUCCGUCGCCCGGGCCAGACUCCCCCGCCUGCUGUCGGAAGCCGCGUCGACCGACGCGCUGGAGGUCAAGCUCACCCGAGCGAUCGACGUACGCCCCCACCUCGACCUCCCGCCCACCUACCCGGGCCUGAUGCAGACCCUGAACUACCACCGCCACGACCUGCGGCGCCUGGCCGAGGCCCCGCUGGGCGUCCUGGCGGCCGACCUGCGCGCGCCGCUGCUGCCGCCGAGCCCCCGGGCGUCAUCAUCGUCGGCAGACGACGCGCAGCCCGCGUGGGAUCUGGCCCGCCUCGCGCGCGCCAUCAUGACCUACGUGGCGCAGACCCCCGACCUGUCGGGGGUCUCCUUCACGGCCACGGUCGAUCCGGCCUCGGACCUGAUGCUGAGCUCGUGGGCCAAGCUGGGCCCGGCCCUGUACGGCCUCGACUUCGGCCUGGGGCUGGGCAUGCCCGUGGCGGUGCGCAGGCCGCGCUUCAACCCGUUCGAGGGCCUGGCGUACCUGAUGCCGCGCGCGCCCGACGGUGGCAUCGCGCUCGCCGUCUCGCUUCGCGACGAGGACCUGGAGAGGCUGAGGGCUGAUGUCGACUUUGCCAAGUUUGCCGUGUUUGUUGGGUGA